GUGUUGGAUUUUAAAACUGUUGUCUAAGCUUUCAAUUCGUUUACUUUACCAGUUACUCAGUUUAGAUCCUAAGAUUCACAUAGAGUACUCCCAUAACAAACUAGAAACAGGAAACUUAUAAAUAAGAAAGGUAAAUGAGAAAAAGGUGUUGUUAUUUGUUAAUAAGAAGCAUUGCUUCUACUAGUAUUAUUUUUCUUUUCUCAUUCAUUAUUGCAACCACCGUCUUUUCGAACUUGGUGACAAUCUUUAGUACUACAAAACAAAAGAUUUUGACCGGUCUUGGCUCUCAUCCUUUCUUCUCCCCCUUUCUCCAGCACUUGUUUAUUUUUCUCUCUAGUUCUUGAAAAUUUCAAGAUUCAACAGCCACACGUAUGGCUACCUCUUGGUAAAUCCAUAAAAAGGCACACAUAUGGCUGAACCAUCGGGUGGUGGAGCCAGAGAGAUGGUUAUGAGAGAGUAUAGGAAAGGAAACUGGACUGUGAGUGAGACCUUGGUGCUCAUAGAAGCCAAGGAGAUGGAAGAGGAGAGACGUGUGCGGCGGUCGGAGAAAAAAACGGAAAACAGAAACAAAUCUAUAGAGCUCCGGUGGAAGUGGAUAGAGGAGUAUUGUUGGAGAAGAGGAUGUCAGAGGAACCAGAACCAGUGCAACGAUAAGUGGGACAAUCUCAUGAGGGGUUACAAGAAGAUCAGAGAGUACGAGAGAUCAAGAAUAGAAUCUUCUUUUAACACAGGCUCUUCUUCCUCUCGGCCGGCGUCAUACUGGAAGAUGGAGAAGAGUGAGAGGAAAGAGAGGAGCUUGCCGAGUAAUAUGUUGUCUCGUAUAUACGACGCGUUGGCUGAGCUUGUCGAGAAAAAGACUCUUCCAUACGGUAACGGUGGCCAGAUCCUAAGAGUGUGCCAAGAAUUUGUAGCUCCGAUGAUGGCUCAGGCGAUGCAUCAAAUCCCGACUACUAUUGUAUUAUCUCUUCAGUCACCACCGCCGCCACAACCUCUAGUCUUAUCACAUCCUCCACUGCCUCAACCUCCUCUGUUCACAUUUCACGCUGAGCCUAUACAGCCCACAGUAGACACAUCAGGGGCGAAGCGAAGGAGAACAACAACGCCGAGAGAAACGACGACCAAGCAAGGAGAGAGUACUGAGGAUGCGGAGGUUAUGGUUGGAGCGGCAAUAUCGAGAAGCGCGUUGGUGGUCGCACAAGUGAUAAAAGAGAGUGAGGAGAGACAAGAGAUGAGGCAUAAGGAAGUGAUGAGGCUGCAAGAGAGGAGACUGAAGAUGGAGGAAUCGAAAGCUGAUAUAAACAGACAAGUUAAAAAGUUGUCUUUAACGUUGAUGAUGGAUUGUGGAGUUUGGAAGUGCACGCGUUAGUGGUAAAAGGGGGUGGAGGUAGAUUAAAGAGGAGAGAGUGUGGUCAAAGGAUUAUUAUAGUGGUCAAAGAGAGGUCGAAGGGAAAUAGUAUUAUUGGUGGGUUAAGUGUUUUUUUCAUCUCUAUUCUCACCUUUUACUGCAUAUCACUACAAAAGCUUCUCUGUGUCACAAGGACCCUGGCCUUAUGGGGUGGGUAGGGUAGGCUUUCUUUAGAACAGAACGUGAAUAUGAAUCGAAUAUUAUUGUCUUAAUUGCUCUUUCACCGUUUUCCAUAACCGGAAAACUAAAAUGAAGAUCACUUAAAACCAAAAAUGCUCACCAUUUUCUGCAUUUAGAUGUAUUAAUUCUACUUUCUAAUGUAAAUCUUUUAGGAUAAUAAUUUACGUUAUAUAUUAAUCAGAAAGACGAAUGUAAAAAAACAAUUUCAUUGAUCUCAAUAUG